AGAUCCAGAGGAGUCAUGGCUGCUGUGUUCGCUGUCCUUCUGUUGGGGCUGCUGGCCGCCGCCGCCGCCGCCGCCGCCGCCGCCCCCGCCGCCACCGCCCCGCCCGCCCCCAGCUGUGAUGAUGUCAUCACCCCGCUCCGCAGGGACCAAGCAGACAAGGCGUUGGGCUCCUGGGUUCUGGUAGGUGUCGUGACAGAUAGGAAGACGGGUCUGCCUCUGCCCGCCAGCUCCUUCAUGGAGCUCUCGCUGUCGGAGGACAACAGCUCCUUCACCUACAUCGAGAGGAGCGGGUUGGGCAAUGAGCCAUGUAACCGGUACCGCAUCAUGGGCAACAUUACGGACGACGCCAACCUCACUCUGAGGCUCCACACUCUGGUGAGUGAGCUGGGCGGCCCCCGGGGGUUCAUCGGACAGAUCACUCUGUUCCAGAGCUGUCCUUCCUGCCCUGAGGACCGGCUCACCUUCAACUACAGCGGCGUAGACAACCCCACAGACAGCAACUCCACCGCCGUCCAGUUCGUAAUGAACUACAGGAGGGAGGGGGAGCACCAGGACCUGGAGGCUCUGAAGGAGGUUCCUCUGAGCACCAGACAGCAGGCCGUGUGCCUCAACAUGACAGAAAUCACCGGGGAGUACAGCUACGACGGAGUCACAGAGUUGUGUCUCAGGAAGAAACCGACAACUGAAGAUCUAUUCUCUGCUCCGAGAUAAAUCAGAAAUAAAAUCUCUAUUCAAAGUGA